UUCCCUUCUUUCUAUAGCUGUUGUGUUGCGGCGGUCAGAGCUGUGCCAUUUUCCGCGUCCCGGCUUUGAGUGGAACGGUUAUGCUGCUUUUUACGUCAUCAGGGGAAACUAAACGAAAACAAUGCUCCUUCACCAGAAACCGUCUCCACGGGAGAGCAUUCUGUUAAAUUAGACCUCCUCUAUUCUAUACCGCACACCAUGGCUCAGCGUCCGGCGAUCGCCACCACCACAAUAGCCAGCUAGAGAGAGCGGGGAAAGAGGAGUAGUGCUGCCAUCUCAGUCCUAUUCAAAAGAGACGGGAGGUUGGGUAUUCUUCUUUUGCAGAGGUUCAGACUGCAAAGUUUCCCCAGGGUAUCGUCCUGAUGGCUGGACACGAGUGGGAGUAUAAAGAUUGGUUCGAACGGGAGGAAUUUAUCGGACAGAUUAGCGACAUCCGAGUGCAGAAUCUACAAGUUGAAAGAGAAGUCGUUCAGAAGAGGACAUUUACAAGAUGGAUGAAUCUACAUUUGGAGAAGUGUACUCCUCCAUUGGAGGUGAACGACCUGUUCAGAGAUAUCCAAGAUGGACGUAUUCUCAUGGCUCUGCUUGAGGAACUUUCCGGGUGCAAGUUGCUUCAUGGAUGGAAACAGUCAUCACAUCGCAUCUUCAGACUGAACAACAUCGCAAAGGUCCUCACCUUCCUAGAGGAGAGAAAUGUGAAGCUGGUCAGUAUUGACGCUGCAGAUGUCGCCGAUGGCAACUCUUCCAUUGUUCUCGGACUCAUCUGGAAUAUCAUCCUGUUUUUCCAGAUUAAGGAGCUGACCGGGAACAUUAGGAGCCAGUUUCCCUCAUCCUCAAGUCUGUCCUCGCUCCCCACCAGCUCCGACUCUGACACCUCCCUCUCUAGCACGCCCUCUGAUGAAAGGCCACGCUCAAGUGCCAUGCGGGAUCAUGGGAAGGCCAUCAAGACGCUCCUGCAGUGGGUCCAGAGACGUACCAGGAAGUACGGUGUGGCGGUGCAAGACUUUGGGAAGAGCUGGACCAGUGGUCUGGCUUUCCUGGCCGUCAUUAAGUCCGUUGACUCCAGCCUGGUGGACAUGAGGAGAGCUCUGCUGAGGACAGCCAAGGAGAACCUAGAGGAGGCCUUCAGGACUGCCCACUACAGCCUAGGCAUACCUAGACUGUUGGAACCAGAGGACGUCACCAUCAACCCACCAGACGAGCAAUCCAUCAUGACCUACGUGUCCCAGUUCCUUGAGCACUUCCCCGGGAUGGAAGAGCCGCUGGAGAAUGUAUCUGAUGUCAUACAGAGGAGUGUGUCGUCAGGCAGACUCAGCUGUCGUGUCAACGAUUCCUCCCAUGACCUGCGGAAUGGCAUCCACCGGAGCCGGGGCCGAGAGAGGCCCUGUGUGGUCCGGAGGGACUGGGUCCAGCCCCCGCCCAAAAUCCUCAUCUCAUCCGUUUCCGAGGAGCUCAAGUCCCCCACAUCCCCACUGGCGGUGGAACGCUCCUGGGUCACUGAAGGCUCGUUGGUUGGGUCCAAACCCAGCCCUCUGCGGCCGUCCUUUGUCGAUUCUGUCAUCAGCUCUGUGUCCUCAGACUCAAUGGUCAGCGACUCGGUGAUGGGUUCGCCGGACUCCUGUUGGGAGGGCCUGCCGAGCGAGUCGGCGACGCCGGAUCGGUUUGUGGAGAGCCGUAGCGACGGGUCGCUAUCCGACAGCGGGGUAUCCUGGGAAAUGAACGUCCCUGCCUCCACGCCACAUGAUACCACACCCGAUCUGGAGGAUCCCUGGCCGGUGAGAACGGAGAAAGCGCGGGAUGAGGAGCUGUUUAUCGACGAGGGGAACUACUCGCUCCGGUCAGUGGAAAGCACACAGGACAGGGUCAAAACCACCGCAGGUCAAGAAGAGAGGAAGAAAGAGACCAAAUACGAUGAGGACGAGGAAAGGGCCAAGAGAGAGGAAGAGGAGGCUUAUAGCUACAUACUGGACCUGAGUGAGGACAAAGCAGCCAAGCCUAAUCAAAGUGAAGGGAAGAAACUAACCGAAAGUGACUCAGAACUAAUGGACACCAGCAUGGGUCAGUGUAAUGAAGCAAACAAGAAGCAGGUGCUGCCAUCUUUAGAGUUCUCUGACCAGCCACAGCUGGAUGACUCUGAGCAGAUGAAGGAAAGUGUAUGUGCAGUUGAAAAUGUCCAUCAUAAGGUGCCCAGUGAGCAGGGUGGUGUCUCGGAAAGAACGGUCAGAUCAGAAUGCGCCAAGAAGGAAACGGUGGAACCAUCUAGAGGUUCCAGCAAGGCUGUAAACCCUGUGGAUGAGUUUGCUCCGGAACGUUCUGAUAAAACAGAGGGUCACUUUGAUGCGACUGACAGAGUUGAGACAGAAAACAGACACUCGGGGCGGCACAGAGAUGGGGAACGGGCCCUGGUGUUGUCGGAGGAAAGGCACAAGCCGGUCACAGAAGACUCAAAAACACAAGAGAGGAGAACGGAUGUUCCCAACGGCCACAUAGAGUCACAGAAAAACACCACGGCACAGGCUGAGGUCACUGAGCCGAUGCAAUCACAACCCUACAUGGAGAUGGACCAGUGCCGGACCAUCCAGGUGGGUCCCUCAGACCCAGGUCCGGACCUUGACACGGAGAGCCAAACCGGGCCUACUGGUGCCUGCACUGAUGUUUGGAAAAGAUCUACAGAGGCCCAGAGCCCGGGGAGAGAUGUAGGAGCGGGGGUUGAAGACCCAGACAUGCAUGAGGACCCCGUAGGCGGCUUAGUUGAGAGGACUGAAAAGCAUGAGAGCGCCCCUUGUGUUGAGGAGGCUACAGUGAAUGUGAAAGCUUCGCAGGAGGGGAGAGGUGCAGAAAACAGCCAUGACAGGGUGGGUGCUACUGGUUCUGGGGCCACACCCAACACAGAGACAGAAGUGAAGGUCUCCCAUCAGGGCAAGUCUGUGUCCAUUACCUUAAUUAACCCUGGGCUGGUCCUUUCUGGGGCAGUUCCUCACACUCCUCUCCCUGACAUGCCCAACCAGAACCAGUGUACAUCACAACCGCCUAGUCUGGAGGAGAGAGAUCCAGAACAGGACACUGGGGAUCAGGCUGAUGGCGGGUGUAGUCAGACAGAGGCUUCUACUGCUCAAGAGGCCGGGGUGGAAAAGACUGAAGCUAAGACUGUCUUUGUGAGGAACAGUUCUUUGGAAAAGCCUGACGUUGAACCAAUGCACUUAUCGAAUGUCGACAGUGCUGUUGACAGGACUGGGGAUCCUGAGGAGCCAACGGCUCUGGGUGAGACACUUGACCCAAUGGACCUAUUCUACCCAGAUACAGAAGACUGUGGGACCACAGAGGAGCCAGAGGAGGAGGCGGAGACAUCGGCGUGGUCCUCCUUCAGCAAGUCAGUGGAAACCUGGCCGUCCACCUUCAGCGUUGCAGCUCUGCAACCAGCCCCGUCCUCCGACACGCAGAAACAUGCCGAGAGGCAUGCCGAUUCACACACACGUACCCAGACUGAGACACACACAGAGACAGACAGUCAAACAGAUUCACACACUGAAAGCCAGCUGGAACAGGAGCAACUGGGAGAGGUGUCGACCUUGCAGGAAGUUGAUGUGAGGGAAGACAUGGGACCUUCAGACGCCCAAGAAAUGUACUCCAUGAUGGGGGAUCAGACAGCGGGAGAUUGGGGUGUGGUGGAGGAGGAGGAGAUGGAAGCUGAGCCCGGCGAGCUCAGCAGAACCAACGAAGAGAGGCCGACUUCUGCUGCCAGGGAAAACAAUGAGACUGUGAGGAGUAAUGCGGACACUGAUGAAGCCAUUGAUGGACUUCAUCCGUGUUCUACACCACUAAACCUGAAGAUGAGGUCUGAAUCUCAUGAGAAGGAAAACCAGAAGGGCACGGCAUUCAGCCGAUCCGAACGCACCAAAUCUGACGCCAGCUGGCGGGAAGUGAGGACAGGGACAACGCUGACUGAGUACUACAUUCUCCUGUUGCUGUGGCUACUCCUGUACUGCCUGUUGGUGCUACCACAGAUCGACUACAGAGGCCUGCCACGUCUUCUGCUCAAUCUGGACAAAUAAACACACGCAUUCUGCUGUACACACCGCGAACAUGUCACACAGACUCAACACAGGACUACAACACACACCUACAUUCUGAUGCAUGCACACUGUCAUAAACACAUACCGAUACGCAUGUAUCACACAGCUUAUACCCACACCUAUUCUUACACACACACACAACAAACAUACUGUACACACACUAUUUCAUACAGAUAUGCACCAACUCAAGCACGCACACCACACACACUUUGCUAUCUUCUCAAGUCAACAUCUGCCCCCGCCCACAUUGCCCCCUUACUGUUUUCUUUUCAGCACAUUUCGUAUCGACAGCAAAUGAAGGCUUGUUUCCUCAGAAUCCCAGAAUAAUUUAUAAAGCUUUUUAAAGAUUCUGUUCUUAGGCUUGUAAUGUGGCUUAAACUGAUAUGCUUAAAUUGUAAAGACAAAACCAUAACAUAGUACAUUUCUCUGAGUUCAUUGAUGUACAAAGCGAGAAGCCCUCUAAGAGUAUAGAAUUGUGCAGUGCACAUUAUCUGUUUUUUUGUGCAGAUAGUUUAUGGAUACAGUUUAUGAACAUUUGCA